AUGGCCACGAAACGACGAGGAAUCCACGCAACAAAUUUCCGACCGAACGUGCUCAACUCAGCCAGUGAAACGAAGGGAACCAAGCCAACUUGUGGACCCACGUCCAUCAGAGAAAUCCUCACAUUAACCGUACUGCACGUCUGUAAAAAAUCGCUAUUUUUUGACACCAAUUUGAAGGUUGCCAUUUAUCUGGGCAGCUUAUUCAUCAUUUCAUUGAUUGCUGAUGUUCUACCAUUCCCCAAAAUCUACCUAUCGAGAUCUGACAAUAUAUUCAACAGGUUGUUUGUGAAAUUUUCCUGGGGCUGGAACAUCAUUCUGCUGACCCCAUUUAUCUUGCUCACCUCACUAAUUUACUGCUGUGGAGACAAAGUUAAAGUAGCAAAACAACACCUGUUCAGGCUCGGAAUAGCUACAUUCUUUUGGUAUUUUUGGACAUCACUAUUCAACUACAUAGAAGCAAGUUACGGAAGAUGUGGAAAUGCAACUUUUGCCACAAAAACAUCAUGCUUACUUGAAGGACAUGUAUGGAAUGGAUUUGAUCUCUCUGGACACUCAUUUAUAUUGAUUUAUGGGAGCUUAGUUAUAAUUGAAGAAACUCGUUGUAUCGUGAACUGGGACUGUAUCAAGGAGCAUCUAAGGCUAGAAGAGCAUUAUCGUGUGACAAGAGAAACUACACCAAGCACAAAUCCUUUGCGGAAUCUUUCUGAUGCACAAAUAAAAUAUGUUAAGGAAAAUUAUGAAAAGUUCACACCAUAUAUCAGAGGAUUAUUAGUAGUUAUUGCCUUGUUACAAGUCUUAUGGGAUAUAAUGCUACUCUGUACAAUGCUGUACUACCAUAUCAUGAUCGAGAAGUUUUUGGGAGGACUAGCAGCAAUAGUAACAUGGUUUGUAACGUAUAGAUUUUGGUAUGCUUUACCAAACUUAUUACCAAAGAUGCCAGGUGAAGGAGGCUUUAAGUAUAUGAAAACUGUCUCACCUCAAGUUGAACCUGUAGGGAAAGUAAGGCGAGCAAAUAGCAUCACAGAUCCACAGGUGCCAAUGUUUAUGGGGAGGCCAAUUUAUACAAAAUUGGGCAGAGACAAGGAAGAAAAUAAUGUUUUAGCUUCUAGUUAG